UAGCUUUUGGCACUCAAUGGGUUAAUAAUUCAUAUAAUAUUGUACAUCAUCUGAAAGGCCUUUCCAUGACCUUUCGUAUCAUAUUAUAGAGCAAGUGAUUUUUAACUUUAUAUAUACAGUUUUGAACGUCUAUAACUCCAUAACUAUAAGAGAGCAAACCAAAAAAAUAGUAACGAUACUCCGUAUUAAAAGUACUAUCAUCAAUGGAAUAAAAUUAAAAUAUUUUCUUUAACAUUGGAAAAAUCACGAUUUUUCGGAAUUUUACUCAUAUCUCCGUUAUAUAUGAACGUUUGAUAUUAUAUUGUGGAAAUUACAAACGGAUUGACAAACUUAUGUGUACACUUCUCACGAAGAUGAAGGGUACAAUAACAACAAUAGUUAAUUGUAAGCAAGUUCAUUCCAAAUUUAAUUGGUAAUUUAUUCGUCAUUCAGUGAGUUAUAGCAGUUUUUGUUUAGUGUUCAACAACCAACUUUAAUAAAUACAAUGAAUAGUGAAGGAGCCACGGCAAAUUUGACAGCUUUAACGUGGGCUCAUGCAGUUAAUAGUCAGCAGCAGUUAACAGAUGCUUUAAAUAGUGAUAUUGACUUUAUAGAAGCUGACGUUGUGAUGGGUAAAAUUUGCGACACUGGGACAGACUUACCUAUAAUGGCUCAUCCACCAGCGAAAACUUCAAAUUUAUCAUUGGAUUCUUUUCUAUUGCAAGUAAAAAAUCACAAUGACAAUCAUAUCAAAAAUAUGAAGGGUGUUAAACUGGAUUUUAAAUCUAUAGCAGUUUUUCAAGGAGCUUUGCCAACUUUGAAGGAAAAAAUACCGGAGAUGACCUAUCCUAUUUGGCUUAAUGCCGAUAUUAUCAAAGGCCCUGUCAAUCAAACAAUGAUCACACCUGUAGAUCCAGAACAAUUUUUUGCGGGUUGUGCUCAAUUUAAAAAUGCUGUUUUAUCUAUUGGCUGGACAACUAAAUGGACAACAACUUUCAACAAUGGUUCCUACUCACGUGAAGAGACUAAUGAUAUGCUGAAGACUAUAAAAAGUAGUAUUGUUACUAAGACGGGACAACAUAUAACAUUUCCUGUACGUGCUGGUAUAGCAGCAAAUAGUUUAAUUGAAUUGCAUGAUUUGGUAAAUUCUGUAAAUGAGACUAAUGAAUGUACCUUAACUAUAUGGUCGUCCGAAAAUGAUUUUGUAAAUAUUGACAAAUUGAGAAAAUUUAUAUUUUCCUUUGGUUUUGAUCGUGUUUAUUUGGAUGUACCUAUAGAGUUAUCCAUCCAGUUAGAUUUGUCACGUCAUGACAAUUUGAAUGAUGAUAAGGUUAGCAAAAAGUCUUUAUAAGCUAAGCUUCUAUACCUGUUAACAAAAAAUUUAUAUUAAAAUGUUUUUAGAAUAAAAAAUGUUUCUACCUAUAUAAAAAUACAUUAAUAAGCUAAAAAGUAUGCAAUUAAAUGCGAUUUUCGCAGAAAAGGAGUGUAAAAAUUAAUAACAAAAUUUUUGUGUAAACACUUGUGUUACCCUAUUGUAUGUAUAUACAAUAAAUACCCAGUAAACAAUUUUUUCAGACAUGUCUGAUGUCAAUUUUUAAUGAAUGUCUAAUUUUCCCUUAUAGUACAGGGCCAAUAUACGCGGCAUGCGGCUUCAAGCGGCAACAGCAUUACCAGCUUUAAUAAAAUUUAUGUAUUUACAAAAUUGCCCAUAUAAAAAUAUUUACACAAUAGGAAUAUUUUGAUUUGGCAAUGCGGUAAAAAGUUGAAUAUUGUUCAACUUUUCCGUACAGCCGCUUGAAAAUCAAUUGUCAUACAAUUUUUUUAUUUUAACAUUUUAAAAAUU